AUGAAGAUCUUCGCUCUGUGUGCCUUCCUGCUGCUCGCUUUGGCUGCCGUCCAGGCUAACAGUACUCCUGAGGAAAAGUCCAUCUCACCCAAGAACCUUAAGAAAACCGCAGGAUAAAUACAAUUGGACUAAGGAAGCUUAAGCGGAGCGGACUAGCAAUUUAUAAACUGAAAGAUCCAGAAAUGAUUAAUCUUCAAAACAUUUAAAUAAAAAAGCAUAUUU